AUGGGAUUCCCUCAAAGGAUGACUGAUUUGAUAUUGAGUUGUGUUUCUACAGCAACAUUUUAUGUUCUCCUGAAUGGGAGACCAAGGCAUCCUUUUUCAUCCUCUAGAGGCUUACAUCAAGGUGAUCCAUUAUCGCCAUAUCUGUUUAUUCUUUGGGCAGAGGUCUUUUCUGGUCUUCAUUUGAAGGCACAGGAAGAUCAUAUUCUUCAUGGGGUUCGGUUGGCGGUUCAGGCACCGGAGGAGGAGGUGGAUGUUGUGAAUCAUGUGUUGACAGUGUACCAACAAGCUUCAGGGCAACUUGUGAAUUUGGAUAAGUCUGAAAUCUCUUAUAGCCGAAAUGUUUCAGAAGAUAGAAAACAUGUCAUUCAGGAUAGAUUGCAGGUUAAGGUAGUGGAGAUUCAAUCCAAAUGUCUUGGCUUACCUACUUAUGUUGGUAGAUCAAAGACACAAGUAUUCAACUUUGUCCAGGAAAGAGUUUGGAAGAAACUCAAAGGGUGGAAGGAGAAAUCACUCUCCAUGGAGGGACGUGAGGUCUUAAUUAAAUCAGUUGCCUAA